AUGGCUAGUGAUGACAACAAGAAUCGUAGAGAGCCAUUCUUUAAGCCAGGUCAGUUUAGGAGAGAAAUCCGCGAAAGCAUAGACCUGUUUUUUAAACGAUACAAGAGAGCCAGCAUUAUAAAUGAAUGGACCGAUGAAGAAAAAGUUCAAUUUUUACCAGCCUUUUUGGAAGGUACGGCUUUACAAUUCUUUGAAAAUCUAGAAGACAACAUCGUCAGUCAAAUCAGGUGGGAAGAUUUGGGACAAUUUUUUAAUUAUCUCGAUGCUAAUGAACUUAAUAAGAAGAAUGAAAAAGUGAAAGUAGCUCACUUGAAAAGUGGCUUGGAUGAAGAAGCUUAUUCAGUAGUUGAAGCGUUUGACUUGAAACAGGAGACUGUUCAAUCAAUAUUUGAUGAGCUUCAAAAGUAUGUUGAGCCAAAAAAAAGUAUUAUAGCUGAACAGUUUAAAUUCUUUAAACGACAACAAGCUGAAGGAGAACCUUUUGACAAGUUCUUCAUUGAACUUAAAAAAAUGGCUAAAAAGUGUGAAUUUGGUGAUCAAGAAGAUAAUAUUUUAAAAGUAAGAGUUGUCCUUGUAGUAUGUGGUUUAAAAUUACAAGAAAGGUUGCUGAGAACACCUGACACGACUCUUGAUAAAAUAGUUGAUCAUUGUAGAGCAACUGAAACAGCAAUGCUAAAUCAAGUAAUGAUGAACAAAGAUGAUUAUAAGUCUGUUGACCUAGUAAAAUGCAAAAAUGAAAAAUUGAAGAACCUUAAUUAUUCGACUAAGAACAAAACGUUCAAAUGUGCUUAUGAACAACAAAAUGAACAAUCAACAAGUAAUCAGAUCAAGCAACUACAAAAAGCAAAAGAAUAUGAUUGUAAAAAAUGUGGUUACAAACAUGGGGCAAGAACACAUAAAGUUGCUUUAACUGCUGAUAUAAACAAAAUGUAUCGACAAAUUAAUUUAGCCCCUGAACAUUGUAAUUACCAGAGAAUUUUAUGGAGAGAAAAUCCAGCAUUACCUAUAGACGCGUAUAAAUUAACAACAGUAACGUAUGGUAUGGGUCCUUCGUCGUUUUUAGCUACUGCUUGUUUGCAGACUUUAGCUAAUCAAGAAGAAAAUUUUUAUCCGUUAGCUUGUUCGGAAAUAAAAAAUAAUUUUUAUAUGGAUGAUUAUUUAGGCGGCACAGAUAGUAUAGAGUCAGCUGUUGAGUUGCGUGAUGAUCUUAUCGGAAUAUUUCAACGAGCCGGUAUGUCGUUGUGUAAAUGGUUAUCUAAUAAAAAUACAAUUGUGUGUGACACAGUAGAAAAUAAAGAUAAUGUACGCGUAUUUGAUGAAUCAGCGAUAACCAAAAUACUCGGUCUAACAUGGGACCCGGUAGCUAGUAUUUACGAUCCUCUUGGUCUUUUAGGACCUGUUAUAGUAAAGGCAAAACUUUUUAUUCAAAAUUUAUGGCACAUCAAAUUAGCUUGGGAUGAGAUAUUAACUAAUGAUAAUAGUAAAGAAUGGUUAAGUUAUCGUGAAAGCUUGCAAAAAUUAAAUAAUUUAAAAGUACCGCGAAGGAUAACAUGUGAAAAGGAAAUUGCCUCAAUAGAAAUACAUGGGUUUUCGGACGCAUCCGAAAAGGCAUAUGGGGGAUGCAUAUAUUUACGAUGCACAGAUAUAGAUGGAAAACAUAGUGUAAAACUUAUUUGCGCAAAAUCAAAAGUAGCGCCAUUAAAAGUAGUGUCAAUACCUAGAUUGGAACUUUGUGCUGCACUAUUGCUAGCGCGGUUAACCCAUAAUGUUACAAAAAAGUUAAAUUUAAAUAUAACAAAAAAGUACUUUUGGACGGAUUCUCGUAUAGUUUUAUCAUGGAUAGCUUCCCCGUCCACGUAUUGGAAGACAUUCGUUGCUCAUCGAGUCGGUGAAAUUCAGAAUUUAAAUUGUCCAUCAGAAUGGUUUCAUGUACGUUCGCAAGAAAAUCCCGCGGACUUAUUAUCUCGAGGAUGUGAGGCGAAUGUGAUUACAGAGAUGAAGUUAUGGUGGCAAGGUCCAUUUUGGUUGAGUCAGGAUAAAUCAGAAUGGCCAGCACAAAAUAAUGAAAUAUUAAAAAGUUCAAAUGAAACGUUAGAAAGAAAAAGUGCGACUAAAUUUAUUGGUACUGUGACAGAAGAAUUUGAUUUGUUGGAAAAAUUUUCAUCGUUAAAUAAAAUAUUACAAAUUAAUUGUUUAACAAAUGGUAAAGAUUUGUCAAAGAAAAGUAAAUUGUUACGAUUAAGUCCGUUUUUAGAUGAUAAACAUUUGAUUAGAGUUGGUGGUAGGCUGAAAAAUGCAUUGUCUAUUGAUGAAGGUCAACGUCAUCCUAUAGUGUUGCCGGGCGAUAAGUGUCAAUACACUCGUUUAUUAUUUUUACGCGAGCAUGAGCGUUUAAUGCACGGCGGCCCGCAAGCAAUGUUAUCUACUAUUAGAUUAAAUUACUGGCCAUUGAACGCACGUAAGGCAGCCAAACGCGUACUACAUAAUUGUGUUAAAUGUUUCCGAUAUAGACCGGUAGUAGUACAGCCCAUUAUGGGAGAUUUGCCUAGUAGUCGUUUUGAACAAGGAAGAGCGUUUUUAAUUAGUGGUUGUGAUUUCGCAGGUCCAUUGAUGAUUAAGGACAGUCUUAGAAAAAAGGCAUGCACAUUAAAAUGUUAUGCUUGUAUAUUUAUUUGUUUUUCAACAAAAGCCGUUCAUAUUGAAUUGGUGUCUGAUUUAAGCACUAAAGCAUUUUUAAAUGCAUUGGAUAGAUUUUUUAAUAGACGCGGAAUUGCAAAAAUCUUAUAUAGUGAUAAUGCUACGAAUUUUAUUGGAGCUAAUAAAUAUUUAAAAGAAGUGUACGAUUUAUUUCAAUCUCAAGAGCAUAAAAAUCAGCUGACUAAGCAUGGCGCGGAAAAAGGUGUAGAGUGGCGAUUUAUUCCAGCGCGCUCGCCUCAUUUUGGGGGUUUGUGGGAGUCCGCUGUGAAGGCAAUGAAAACUUUAAUUUUUAAGGUGUUAGGUGAGGCUUUUUUAACAUACGAGGAAUUAAAUACUAUUUUAAUAAGGGCAGAAGCCUGUUUAAACUCCCGACCAUUAACUACACUUUCCUCUGAUCCAUCUGAUCUAUCUUUCCUUACGCCCGCACAUUUUUUGAUUGGUGACUCACUCAUGUCAGUACCUGAAGCGGAUGAAACAAACGUUGUAACCAACAGACUAGAUCGCUGGCGUCGGGUAAGACACUUUUCCCAAAUUUUAUGGAAACGAUGGAAACACGAAUAUCUAUCCCAAUUGCAAGAGCGGGUAAAGUGGUCGACUUCAAAGGGUCCUAACAUUAAAGUUGGUACAGUUGUCUUGUUACGCGAUGAAAAUUUGACGCCGUUAAAAUGGAAGUUAGGUCGAGUACUCUCUGUGCAACGCGGUAAGGACGAUAUUAUUCGUUCCGCAACAAUUGUAACUCCAAGUGGUGAGACUAAUAGGGCUGUUCGACAGAUAUGUCCAUUACCUUUUGAAGGCAACCGGCAAAUGAAUUAA